AAACCAAAACCAAAAAACCCAAAACUCUCUCCGAGGAUUUUCGCGAUGGGCUCAAAGAAACACAAAAAGCAUAAAUCGGAACGCAAGGAGCGUGAAGCGCGAGAAAAAUCGUUCUGCCUCGACCGGCCACCCAGCCUGAAGCUUAUCCUGAAGGUGAGCGGCAACAGUUCGACGCCGGAACACGGAAACGAUUCUCCCGCGUAUGGCAUCCAGUCCGACGGUGGUAGCACGACGCUGUUCACGAGCAGCAGCGAUUAUCCGGAGCGCCACAAGAAGUCUAAGAAGAAGAAAAAGAAGAAGGACCGCGAGAAGAAACACAAACAUCAUCACAAAGAGAAGCGCCACCGGCACCGCGGGGGAGAUGAUACGAGCCACGCCGACGAGGAUGAUGAAGAGGAGGAGGACUUUAACAGCUUGUGCGACGAAAACUCCCAAGCCGUGCUGCACUAUCCGGCGGCCAGUUCGGCUGCGGUGGCUGCUGUAGCUGCCGUGGCAAGCAGUUCUCUAGCGGCACAACCCGUGACGAAACCACUACUCCCGGAAGUGCUACUUUCACCGAAGCGAGAACUGGAUGUGGGUCCUGAUUCCGUAUCGGUACCGACGCCAGAUCCGGAGCGGUCGACUUUGAUGGGAGGAUUCGUCUUGAAAGAGGAACUUACCACGGCACCAAGCUCGGUGACAACCGACGAUGGGCCACUGCAGAGCCCGGGAUCGAUGCUGUCCAGUUCGCGGCCGGGCAGUAAAAUCGAUUUCCAUGACACGAGCUCAAGCCAGGCGCCGAAAACACCCAACUCCGAUUGUAGUGGCCGCGAGCCACGGAGUUGUGUGCUGAAGCUGAAGCAAAGUAGAUCCCCGUUGGCUAAACUGCUGGACCAUCUGCUGAAGGCACUCGAGAAGCGUGAUCCGCAUCAGUUUUUUGCGUGGCCCGUGACCGACGACAUAGCGCCCGGGUACUCAUCGAUCAUCAUGAAACCGAUGGACUUUUCGACGAUUCGGCAAAAGAUCGACGACAACGAGUACAACACCGUGUCGGAGUUUAGCGAUGAUUUCAAGCUCAUGUGCGAGAACGCCAUCAAGUACAAUCACGCCGAGACGGUGUACCACAAGGCGGCCAAGAAGUUGCUGCACGUCGGGGCCCGUUUGCUGCAGCCUGAAAAUCUUAUGCGAUCGCUGCGCCCACUCAUGACGUACAUGCGGGAGCUGACGGCGAAGGAGCUUGGUUUCGAGUUGCCAUACGGAGCCGUGGAAGGACCGGAGCAUGAGUAUGGCCACCAGCACCACACGGCAGAUUCGGCCGAUGAAGCGAUGGCAGCCGCCGUUGAUGAAGGAAUUAACGCGCAGAUCGAAGAGGAGGAGAAACGGAAGCAGAUCCGAUUGGAGAACAAUCCACAGACCAAGUUCGAACCAUUCGUCGAUGAUCUAACACCGGAUGAGGUACUGGCACAGGUUCAGAAUGCGGCGCUGAACGCAAGGACGAAACUGUUGAAACGAAAGUCCGCCCAUCGGUUGGGUUUUUUGCGGCAGCACAAGGAUGGUACAACGUCGAUGAAGAUUCUGAUCGAUGGUGCUGCCGAAGGAAGUGAAGGUGGCCCGGAGCGGACGGUAACACUGGGUGGUCAUACAGGCAAGCUACAGUACGGUACCGGUCAGCUACAAGGAUUCCGGGAGGAUCGAAGGAACAGUGCAAAGACCGUGAAACCCCUCAAUUACGGUGCGUUUAGCUCGUUUGCACCGGUGUUCGAUUCACGGUUCGCUAAUCUGAACAAAGAGGAAACGGAUAUGGUGCUCAACACGUACGGUUGUGAGACUGGGGCGGACUAUGCGGAGAGUAUUUUGCGUUUCGCGAUGGAUAGCCCCUUUGCUGCCGGUAUGGCACACAAUCUUCUGGAUGUUUUAACGAAUGGAGAGCAUCGACAAACGUACGGAAAGCUGUACGAGGCGCAUAUGCAGCGUGAAGAACGGAAAGCAGUACAGCAAACGUUCCCGGAACCGGACACUCCGGAAUCGGUGGCUGAGGAGGUGAAACGGUACGCGAAUGUGAAGAUUGACUUCGAUAGCCUUCGAUCACUGGCGGCACUCGGUGUCGAUACACAGUUUGUCGAUCAGCUUGAGCGUGAUCUGAAGGGCGUUGAAACGCCGGGACCUUUGCUACAGAACUCGCUGAGCGAAAACUCCGAUCUACUGCAAAAGCUACACCAGAUGCAAACGGAGCGACUGUCUGCGCCACUUCCGCAGCAUCUUUCCCACAUUCAGCAUCCAUCGGAGAGUGAACUGGAGCUGGCGGGACAGAUUACAAGUAACCUCACACAGAUCGCUAAACAGUUGCCACCGUCGGCAAUCGCUCAACCGCAGAGCUUACGGAAAGCGAUGGGCAUUAGUGCAGCUGGUUUGGAAGCCUUUCAACCAUCACCAGAAGCACAACCGUCAGUACCUGGAACAGCACGACCCUCAGUGCCACAGCAAACGACCUGUAACGGAACGACAACCACGAGCAUACCGACUACAGCACCGAACGCGAUCGCCAGCUCCAUUCCCGUUACAUCAUCCCAAAGUUCUUCUGGUGCUCAAUCGGAUAUCGACACGACACCGAUGGAUAUGGACCUGGAACCGGAACCGAUUUCUCAUCGGCACCAUCAGCAUCAUCCCCAUCCACACCAUUUGCCUCAACAGCAGCUUCAGCACCAGCUACAACGUCCGCAGCAACAGCAAUCGAUCGUUCAGUCCACGUCCGCCGCUCCCGGUGUCGAUCUAGACAGUGAACUGCGUGAGAUAUUGGGUGGAUCGGGCCUAAACUCGAACGGCGCUACCUCGACAGACGGGACCGUAGCUUCCCAUGCUAGCUGUAUUGAGCAGAUGUUGAUGGACUAGAGGCAGCGAUGGCAGAGAACGAUGGCAUUUUCUAUUUCCUUACGUUACGUCUAGACAUUAGGAUGGUUGAUGGAGAAGAAUGGGUAAAGGGCAUUGUAGUGCGAAACGUUUAUGAAAGAGAGACAGAGAGUGUUAAAAAAAGCAAAGGUCAUAUAUUUUUGACAGAAGAAUGUAAAGCCAAUCAUCAUCCAAAACACAAAUCGAUCACCGCCGGCCGGCACUGAUUUCGUCGCGGGCCAGAUCGUCGUCCUUAUUGGAUUAGAGCCACGGUGAAGAAGGCAAAUCGUUUUCUUCCCUCCAUAAUUCCACAUUUCCUUAUAUCCCGUUGACGAUGUAAUUGAAAGUUUUUAUCGUAUUUUGUUCCCUUUUUGCAAGCAUAGAAGAUAAUAAA